AUCCCUUCAUAGUAAGAGCCCGCACUACUUCUAGGUUGUAUAAUGACAAAUAUAACGAGCACAAAUAGACAUCACACAUAAACAAACGAACAUAAAAACCACCCACAUUCCUCAUCGCUCCGGAUCAAGAUGGCCUCGUCGUUUUGGAAAGGUGUUGUCGGCGUCGGACUUUUUGCCUUAGCUCAUGCAGCUUUCUCAGCAGCACAGCAUCGAUCAUACAUGCGACUCACAGAGAAGGAAGAUGAGACACUACCAAUUGAUAUUGUAUUACAGACCUUAUUAUCGUUUGUGAUGACCUGUUAUGGUAUUGUCCACAUUGCUGGAGAGUUCAAAGACAUGGACGCGUCCUCAGAGCUCAAAAACAAAACAUUUGAUACACUGAGGAACCACCCGUCCUUUUACCUUUUCAAUCACCGUGGUCGGGUGCUAUUCGGCUCGCCGGAGGAGGAGCCCUCCUCUGUACGCAACCAGCAAGGUCUUCCCAACCCCUUACGGCUACGCAAGCUGGAGCAUUCGCACUGAGACCGGCCUUUCCUGCCUGUAACUUCAUCAACGUCAGAUAAGAUUUGUUUUUGUUAGACAGGGCGACAAAGUGAGAAUUCACCUUCCUCUACUUUAAUUUGUAUUUGUACAUAAACUAAUAUGCUGUCCAAACAUACAUCUCUGUCCAUAAAAGUGGUCACCACCAUACUCGACACUGACUGUGCCAACCCAAUUUUUCAAGCCGAUCUGUUUGUAUAUACAGUAUGUAAUCGCUUUGGAGUCUUAAGACACGGAGACAUCUGCCCACUUUUGUCCUUUCUGAACUGAAUCGGGAUAUUGCUGUCCUUUGUAUAUCCUUUGUAUGAGGGGCAUAAAAACUCCUGUUACAGUUUCAUUUCAACCACACAUCAGUCCUCAGCCACUGUCUGGGCAAACAUUUUGUGAACGGAAAUUAGUUUUGUAUGAACCGAGGGCCUUUAAUUUCCUUGAUGGUUUCCUGGGAGCAUAAAGGCUCAUCUGUACAUCCUGUAUGCAUUAAAGAGAUUUGCUUUAUGCCACAGGAAGUCGGCUCAAGGCGAGAUGUGAGUGCAGAAAAUGUUAGAUAGCCGUUCCACUGAUACUGUGAACACUAAUGCGAGCUAGAAAGUAAUGGUACAUUAAUUUUGGUGAAGUUAUUUUUUUUCCCUUCAUGUUACAUUUUGUUAAGAUUCAACAGAUGUUUUUAAUUUAAUAAAAGGCUUAAUGAUUUUA